AUGUUUACAACCAUGCGUCCGUUCGGCAACGCACAAGCUGCAAAACUUCUUACGAUUAUCUGCCUCACUCUUGCGGUCGAGGCUGCCCCAAGAAUCAGAACUAAUCUUUACGGUCAACCAUAUCUUGUAUAUGACGACGAAGAUUACUUCGAGGAUGAAAAUGCAGAAGAUACUGGAGAAGCUGCUACAAACGCCCCUGCAGACAACAAUGAUGAAACAAAACAAUUGCAAACAGGCGGCGCAAAGGCAUUCGCUUGGUUCUUUCUUGUGGUUACGAUAUUCGUUGUCAUCACUUGUUUCUUCGGAAAGAUAACUCUUGCACUUGAAACAUGCUGCGAUUCCAUAUCCAGUUGUUUUCACGGGCGUAAGCCGAGCGAUAGUGAAGAAAUCCAGCAGAAAAAACGAGAACAGGAAGCAGAAACACAACGGCGAUUAAUCGAGCGACAAGAAGAAGUCGCUAACGCGAGAACCGAAUUCAACUUGAAUGUACUCCGAGCAGCGCAAACACAAGCAAAUCAACAAGUCCAUCCUGAUAAUUCAGCCGCAUUCAGCUCUCCCGCAGUUUUGCGAGCUUUAGAGGCGCUUAAGGCGGAGAUCGAUUCUGAUACGCCGCGUGAAACAAGCUUCUUUUCCAAAAUCAAUCCAUUCCGCCAGCGCCCUGCACAGUCAUCUCCCAUUAUGUCGACUGAAGAGCAGAAACCCCGAAUUGUAAACAACUCUCAAAAGACCGUCACUCAACAGCGAAUUCCCGGUGCGUCACGACUGGCCGAUCGAACUUACUUGCCUGAACCUGCAGUUGCUGCUAAACCUGCACGAACCGGAAGUCAACUCAGCAGAUUCGAAUAA